AUGUUUGAUCUCGACGGUAUAUAUAAUUCUCAAAAUCAACGUAUUUGGGCUGCCAGUAGAGAUGAAGCAGAUAAAAAAGGUGGCAUCCAAAUGAAACAGAAGUUUCCUCAAAAGUUCAUGAUCUGGCUAGGUGUUUGCUCCAAAGGAGUAACACCAUUAGUCAUUCUCGACCAAGGAACAGUAGAUCAUGUUGAAUAUAUCCAGAAAGUUCUUCCAAUUACACUUGAAUAUGGAAAUAAGACUUUUGGAGAACAUUGGACAUUUCAACAGGACGAUAAAAAGCAUUGGCCACCAAAUAGUCCAAAUUUAAAUCCAUUGGACUAUUGCAUCUGGGAUGAAUUUGCGCAGUGUGUCAACUGGGAGAAAGUAACAUCGAAACCCACACUAAUUGAUGAAUUAAAACGUGCAGUCAAAAAAAUUCGGCAAGAUGUUGUAUUACAAAGUUGUUCAUCUUGGACUGUUCGUUUACAGCGUGUUUUAAAAAAUGAUGGACGUUAUUUAAAAAAAUAA